AUGGGCCUCUUCUCCAAGAAGCCAAAGCCACCCAAGUCGGCCGGCAAAGCGCUGCCCGGCGACACUCACUCCACCACCAGCUUCUCCGAUCAUGAGGCUCUCAAGUCGCCCAUCAGCGCUACGGCGCGCAACAUCAACCGCGCCUCCGGAGGCACGGCCACCAGCAGCGUCCCGUCCACCCCGCUGACCCCCUUCUCGCCCAUGGUCCCGCGAGUCGACAUGCCAAAGGCCCCAGACCCGAACCUCGAUCCCGCCGCCUAUCUGCGAAGUCUGGGUUCUGUCCGAGAGAGAUCCAAGCUUGUGACGGAGAAGGCGCUGAAGAACUCCCUUGCCCACUUUGAUGUGGACAUGGAUAGAUUUCCAGACGUGGUGUCUUUUGUCUGCGGGAUAAUCAAGAGAGACUAUGACGCCCCCUUUUCCUCAAUUCCUUCGCAUGGACGCUACCAGCAUUUUUCCGUCGGGGGACGGGACCGGAUUCAGAAUUUGAUGUCGACAUUCAGCGAUUCUAUUGACACAACCGAGAAGUGUCGCAGGCUGAUUGACCUCUUCCUCGUUAGUGUACUUCUCGAUGCUGGCGCAGGGACCUCAUGGAGUUUCAAGAGUGCCGAGAACGGCAGGGUGUAUAAGAGAUCUGAGGGUCUCGCAAUUGCAAGUCUAGAGAUGUUCAAAGCCGGUCUUUUCUCAGGCAACUCGAGUAACAAAUUUCAAGUCGACAAGAAUGGUCUCCGUAGUUUGACUGUCGCCCAACUAGCCAAAGGCGUGCAGUCUCGUCCGGGGAGCGAGCUUGCGGGUCUGGAGGGACGGGCCGAAUUAUUGGUCAAAUUGGGCCAUGCCUUGGACCAAAAGAAAGAAUAUUUCGGUGACAACGGGAGACCCGGGAACAUGAUCGAUUACCUGCUAUCACAUCCGACAACCCAGGCCUCCUCAAUGCCCAUCGUUGUUCUUCCCGUCCUUUGGAACCUGCUUAUGACUGGCCUUGCUCCCAUCUGGCCAUCCUCGCGGACAGCCAUCGACGGCGUUUCCCUUGGCGAUGCCUGGCCCUGUUCCUCUAUGCCACAGCCUGCCACAUUGCCUUCUUCCCCAAGUUUUUCACCAUUCCCCAACUCACAGCCACCUACAGCGCCGUGGGAAUCCAUACUCCCUUUUCAUAAACUGACCCAAUGGCUCACUUAUUCACUCAUGCAGCCGAUGCAGUCACUGCUCAAGAUCCACUUUGCCGGGGCAGAGAUGCUGACUGGGCUGCCCGAGUAUCGCAACGGAGGCCUCUUUGUCGAUCUCGGCGUGUUGACCUUGAAGAAAGAUGAUCUCGACCGAGGAUUACAGUACUAUAAAGACUACUGCGUGCGCAAGGAAACAAAAGGUGUCGAAGUGGCUCCAAUGUUUGAGCCCAGUGACGACGUCAUUGUCGAGUGGCGUGGUGUCACGGUUGGGUUCUUGGACAAGCUUCUAGUAGACGUGAACAGAGCGCUCCAUAAGGAACUGAACGGCGGCGAACUCACUCUCCCACAGCUACUGGAGGCUGGGAGCUGGAAGGGUGGUCGAGAAAUCGCCGAAGUAAGCCGGCCGAAUACGAAAGAGCCCCCCAUUCUGUUGGAUUCCGACGGGACUGUGUUUUAG